AUGGCGCGAACCAAACAAUUAGCACGCAAAAAUUCUUGUCCCUGCUCACCACCUUCAUCCCCUUCAUCUGAUUAUGUGGAACGUUCACCUUCUCCACCACCUCGACCAACACCGCCACACACCCCCUCUGAUUCAACCUCUUCUGACAACAGCCAAGAAAUCUUCAAUCCCAAUCCUUUGUCUACUAUUCUUCCACCACUAUACACUCGUCCCGCACCAAACCUUGCUCAAGUUCCUCCACAGUAUCGUAACCAAACCAUUCCUCAACGAAGAUCAAUGAGGGUUCAAUCUGGAAUUGGAACCUCAAAACCAUCAAACCUAAAACCACAUUAUUUCAUCAUCUCAGAUUCUGAGACUGAUGAUUCCUCUGAUUCUUGCCCUUCAUCAUUCGAAAAGUUCCUUGCUCGAAAGAAUCUCCCAAACCCUCAAAGGAGAAAAACCCUCGCUCCAAAACAAAAUCUCAAACACUGUCAACCCGCCUCUCCAGAACAUUCUCCACAAUGUUCCCCACUCCAACCUCAGCAACGUUCUCCAAUUUUGGAACGUUCUCCUGUUGAAACUCCCUUUUCUCCUCCAUCACCAGAACGUCCUCCAACUCAAGAACGUUCUCCUGCUCACACAAUCUCUCCUCUAGAAUCCACUCCUCAUCCACGACCUUCCCCAUCCACACACGCCAAACGUUUUCCCACUCGAGAACGUUCCUCUACCUCCACCUCCUCUGAAUUUGAACCAUCCCCACCACCUAAAAAAUCAAAACAAAAUACUCCACCUCUGAUUCCUCCCAGCAAAACCAAACUCUUCAAAAACAAAUGGGCUCAACGCCCAGUUGGGAUUGGACGAGUCUUUGUCUUUGACAACCUCAUCAUUGAAGGCAAUGCUGUCCAACAUCACACAUAUGCUCUUGGAUGGACCUCGUUCCUGCAAAAAUCUGAAUGCUACUAUCCAGAUGUUGUCCGAGCAUUUUAUUGCAAUGCAAAGACGUUUGCUGACAAAUCCCUUAGCAUUUCCACGAUUAAGGGAGUUGAGAACAAACUAACUCUAGACAUUUUGGCUUCAAUCCUUUAG